AGAAACUAACGAUUAUUUCUUUACUCCUUGGUGUAUUUCUGACCGUUGCCGUUAUAGCUUUUAUAGCACUGUUGCUCAUACAUCUUAAAGUUCCUAUAGUUGACGUGUGUGACGGCCAUCAUUGUCAGAACGGAACCUGUGUAGCAGACAAUACCAGAAUACGAGGUUACACCUGUAACUGUACGCUUGGUUAUGUCGGGGACAAUUGUCAAGUUGCUGUAUGUGACAACCAUGAUUGCCAGAAUGGGACGUGUAUGGCGGACCAACACAGGAUAAGAGGAUACACGUGUAACUGUAGCAACGGCUUUGUCGGGGACAAUUGUCAAGUUGAUGUAUGUGACAACCAUGAUUGUCAGAGUGGGACUUGUGUGGCGCACCAAUCCAGGAUAAGAGGAUACACGUGUAACUGUACUAUUGGUUUUGACGGGGACAAUUGUCAAGAUAUAGACAAAUGUGAAGAAGAGAAAAAGAAAUUACAGACCGACUUGAAGGAGGCGCAAAAACCAGAACUAAGGACCAUAAUAAUCUGUGAGGCAGAUGACGGAGAAAUCCGUUGUGAGAACUCCAAAAGACUAAAAAUAGAGUCUGCCAAUUAUGGUCGCACCGAAGCUGUUGUGUGUCCUGGUACAAAUUCCAAUACUAACUGCCGAUUAGAUGUACAGGGCCAGUUAUCAGAAAAAUGUGAUAAUGAAACUCGCUGCCCAGUUCCAUCUAGAUGGGAAGACUUAGGCGGAGUGGACCCUUGUUCGGGGAUUUACAAAUACGUUGAAGUUACUUACACGUGUUUUUAG